GGUAAAAUUAAAAUCCAAAGGGUAUUAUACAUAACACAGUGUCAGCUUCACUUCAAUGGCUACUUCGUCUCUAGCAACUUCCUUAUCUCGCCUCGCUCUCUGUCGGGUCGCCAUUAAGAAACCAUCUUCAAUCCCAUUAUAGCUUCAACAUUUCAGCUUAAAGAAUCCAAAUCGAUUAAGGCUGUUUUCAAUGGCGUCGGAACCGAAGGAAUCGCCGGCCAAUAAUCCUGGUCUCCAAACUACCCUCGAUGAAGCCACCAAGGGAUACUUCAUGCAACAAACUAUGUAUCGAAUUAAGGAUCCAAAAAUAAGUCUCGAUUUCUAUUCUCGCGUAUUGGGCAUGUCGUUGCUUAAGAGGUUGGAUUUUCCUGACAUGAAGUUUAGCUUGUACUUGAUGGGCUAUGAGGAUCCAGCAUCAGCUCCAAGUGACCCAGUCGAAAGAACUGUUUGGUCCUUUGGUCAUAAGGCUAUAAUUGAAUUAACUCAUAAUUGGGGUACUGAAAGUGAUCCUGACUUCAAAGGAUAUCACAAUGGAAAUUCAGAACCCCGUGGCUUUGGACAUAUUGGUAUUGCUGUGGAUGAUGUGUAUAAGGCAUGUGAGAGAUUUGAACGUCUGGGGGUGGAGUUUGCAAAAAAACCUAAUGAUGGAAAAAUGAAAGAUAUAGCUUUCAUUAAGGAUCCUGAUGGCUAUUGGAUUGAAAUCUUUGACCUCAAGACUAUUGGGAAAACAACUAGCAGCGCUGCUUGAGAUAAUGGGCACAAACUUAAGGAAAAGGGGAGCAUUUGAAGACGUAUUUUCUUCAGUUAUAUUCCAUGGAAAUCUUGCUCCAGUAACCAAAUAUGGAUUAUAUUUAUUUUCUUCCUGUUGGGUGAAUUUUCUCAUAUGCUUGUCAAUGGAAAAUCAUAUAUAUAAACAGAAGAAUAAUACCGUGGCAAGUGUGGUUGUGGUAGAUGACCUAUUUUCUUGUUUUUGGAAAUUUAAGGUCCUCAUUAAUUGUUUCUGAGGUGGAUGGACCUGGGUCCAAAAAUAUGUUAGGAACCACCAAUAGCCAAUAAAAUUUUCUUGCUUGCUCA